AUGGCUUCAUCACAGGUUUCGGCAUCCAUUCAUAAACGUUACUAUGAGAUCGUCUCCUACAUCAGGCCACUCAUGCUCGCCAUGGACAACAACCUCAGAUGCCGGUUUACCCCUAUCAUGACAUAUCUCCAAGCCACUGUCUACUCCAUGUCCGAGCCGGUUGCAAUAGUUCGGCAUCCUUCGCGACGGCAACUGCCCCCGUCUUAUGCACGGCAUACACGGCAUGCCGUCACGAUGCUGACCGGUGUCUGA